GUAGAAUUUCUGCAAUUCUGUAUGUCGCAAUUUCGUGAUUUUCUGCUAGCUUCACAGAAUACAGAGCUCCGGGGUACUGAAGGUUUCUUUCAUUACCAACUGACCAAGGCAUUUAGAUUAGUACAGACAUUUGGAUCAGUACCAGGGUAAAUCUUAUAUACUUAGUCAUGGGGACACGUUACGGAGGUGUGAAACUCCGUGUACCGGAAAAAUUUCCAAUUUUGUUGCAACAUUUCGCACGGGAAGUGUUGCGUGAACAGCCACAAGAUAUCGCAAAAUUCGGAGCUGAAUACUUCAGACGACUUGAAUAUGAAAGACAGAAAACAGGUGAAGAUCCACUGAAAUCAUAUUUGCAUGAUAGACCAGGUUUUAAGGUCACCAGCGGUAAAGUUUUACGUCCGAUAAGUUCUGAAGUUAGACAGAAGGAGAUUGAGCAAGAGAAGGCUGCAACUAAAAUACAGGCUGGAUACAAAGGAUAUCGUAUUAGGAAGAAUUUGAACCGAGAUCGUCAAGUCAAGCAAAAAGAAGACUUAGCAGCAACAAAAAUUCAAGCUCACUACAGGGGAUAUUCAACUCGGAAAAGUUUAAAUACCGGUUGUGGGGAAAGGCCACCCAUCCAAGACAUAUCAGAAGAAAAAUCGGAAAAAUUAGAUAACGAAACACAACCAUAUGGUGAUCAACAUGAAAAAGCAGCUGUUCGUAUUCAAGCCAAGUAUCGUGGAUAUCAAACAAGAAAAUCGUUGCAGCAGAAAAAAAAGGAAUUCCAAGAACAAUCAAUAAUUGAUACAAGUGAUCCUGAAAUGCAAGCAACUGCAGAUCAAAUAGAAAAAGAAGAUGAAAUAGAACAUGGAGUAUCUCACGAUGUUGGGAAAGAGACUGGUGAUCAUGAGAAUAAUGAUUUACAGGAUAAUAAAGUCGAAAUGGAAGAGGCCGUUGCUGAAAUUGGUGAAGUUAUCGGGGAACAUGAUCCUCUUCAGGAAGAGAAUCAACUGGAGGACCAAGCCGAUGAUGUACAGGAAGUGAAUGCCGUGGGGGACAAUAGUUCACCUACAGGCAAUCAUGAACAUGCAGCUGCAACUAAAAUUCAAGCGCAAUAUCGAGGAUAUCGAACCAGGAAACAACAGAAGAACAGACCUGCAGCUGCAACUAAAAUUCAAGCAAAUUAUCGAGGAUAUCGAGCGAGGAAACAACUAAAAAACAAAUCUAGUUGAUAAGUUUUCCGGAGAGAAGAAAUGGAUGGCAAAUGCAAAGGAUGAUGUAGUGGAGAAAACUUUUUUGCCCAUUGGUGACAAAGCAGUUUACAUCUAUUUUCUUUUGUAAAUUUCACUUAGUAAAUUUGGACUAAACCAAAGACAAUUUAUGAGAAUUCGUACUAGUGGUAUCAUAGUUUACAUAUGGUGGUAUGGUAUGCUUUUCCAUUUUUAUUGUUUAUAUCACUUUAUGACCAUUUUGUACAUUUCAAAGCCUUAAUAUAUGUAUCUCGUAUUUAUCAGGAAUCAUGAAGAAAUUUUUACUUAUUGUUGAUGGUAGUGUUCAUAGAGGUGACUCAAGUAAUUAUUAUGUUUUUUUUUCAGUUUAUUUAUCAAAAUGAAAUAAUAAUUGGCCAUAAAGGUUUUAUAUGUAAACAUGUAAGUAGUUGAUUACAAUAGUUUCUAAAAUAAAAUAUAUGAAAAUCGGAUAGCCA